GAGUCACUUGUGUGAGGGACGCUCUCCUGCCACUCUGACUGCCGUCGCCACCAUGAACACCGCCGCCACCGUGACUGCUGCCGCAACCAUACUCAUAGCCGCCAUAGGCAUGACCGCCGGUGCCACCAACAUGACCGCCGGUGCCACCAACAUGACCACCGGUGCCACCAACUCAUCUUCUUGUCUCAAAGUUUGCGAUAUGAUAUACUUUCCGCGCAUGACUGUAGACGACACCGCAAGACCUUACACGAUCCACGGGCCCAUGUAUGAAGUACUGAAAAUAUUAACAAGUAAACUCAAUACGUGCUACGAGUGGGUGUUCCCAGACUUAGUCACUGCAGGAUUCCAGCAGCCUAAUGGUACUUGGCUAGGCGUUAUAAGCUAUCUUAUCCGCCAGGAGUGUGAUAUAUCGGGUUCUUCAUUUCCUAUGACUCAUAUGCGAAUUCACGCUGUCGACUUCAGUAUACCGAUAUUCAUGGAGUCUUCUGUGAUUGCAUACCAGAGUCCAGUAAUUGGAGCAGAUCUCGCUGGUUUUGUGAAACCUUUUACAACUUUUAUAUGGCUCCUCAUCCUAGCAUCAAUGGUUGCGGUCAUGAUGAUGAUUUUCUUCAUUGAGUGGGGUGAGAGUUUCCUCUUCCGUCAACAACAGAG